AUGGGUCUACCUGAGUUACUCUUCAUCGGCGCUUUAACUUUGGGAUGUGUCUUCGCAAGGCUGAAUUCUCGUCAGCCCAGUGGCUAUACACCGCAUCGAAUUGUGGGAGGUGCUGAUGUCCCACCGGGUGAACAUGUACCCUAUCAGGUUUCCCUGCAGUACAAAGCCCGCGCAGGUCAGAUGCACUUCUGCGGUGGAUCCAUAGUUGCCCCCAAUCGUAUCCUAACUGCCGCCCACUGCUGCCAGGGCUUGAAUGUGAGUCGCAUGUCCGUGGUAGCAGGAAUUCGUGGCCUAAACGAGAGGGGUUCCCGCUCCCAAGUACUGACCUACACUAUUCAUCCCAAGUACCAAGAAUUAGUGACCAGCGAUCUUGCAGUGCUGUCCAUUGACCCUGCUCUAAAGCUCAACAACGUCAGCAUCACCUCCAUUGAGUACCAAUCUAAGAAAAAGGAGUUUGUCGGAGGUGGAGUUCCUGUGACGCUUACGGGCUGGGGGCUCCGUUUGCCAGUUCCUUUUCCUUUCCUGGACGAAGUCAACUAUCCAAACGUACUUCAGCGGAUGAGUUACCACACGAUCUCAAACACGGAAUGCAAGAAUGCGGGAAUGGAGAGCGUCACGGACACGGAAAUCUGCGCAAGAGGACCUUUCAGGGGAGCCUGUUCGGGCGACUCAGGCGGACCUCUGGUUAUGCAAACGGAAAACGGUCCAAGGCAAGUUGGCAUUGUGUCCUACGGUCUGGUUGUUUGUGGACUUUACAUAUCUCCGGAUGUCUACACCCGAGUGUCAACCUUCAGCGAGUGGAUAGGAAGUCAACUGGAAUCGUAA